AGCACAAAAGACGAGGCUUCGCUGAGGACUACCGCACUCACCUGAGUACUACAGCACUCACCGAGUCCCAGGGCGGAGCGCGGGGAGAUGGCUGAUUCGCAGAGUAACAGAGCAGCAGUUCAGGCCACCAACGACGACGCUUCCGCCAGUAAACUGUCAUGUGUGAAAAAGGGAUACAUGCGGGAUGAUUAUAUUCGUUUAUUUGUUAGGAAGCCUGUGAGAAGGUCUCCCAUAAUAAAUCGAGGUUAUUUUGCUCGAUGGGCUGCGUUAAGAAAGCUUCUAGGCCAGUUUCUUAAUUGUGAAAGACAUACCGAAGAAAAAGGGAUUAACAAGCAGAUAUUAUCGCUCGGAGCUGGCUUUGACACAACGUACUUUCAAUUGCAGGAUGAGGGUAAAGCACCAUAUUUGUACGUGGAAUUGGAUUUCAAGGAGGUUACUUGUAAGAAGGCUGCCAUUAUUGAGACCUCUGGCCAGUUGAGGGAGAAAAUUGGGACGACAGCAUAUAUAUCACAAGAAAAGGGAGAAGUGAUCAGUGAACAUUACAAGCUCCUUCCAGUUGACUUGCGUGACAUACCAAAGUUGGACGACAUUAUAUCAUUAGCUAAUAUCGAUCCAAGCCUGCCAACCUUUAUAAUUGCAGAAUGCGUCUUGAUAUACUUGGAUCCAGAUUCAAGCCGGGCUAUUGUUCGAUGGACCUCAAAAACAUUUUCAACAGCAAUUUUCUUCUUAUAUGAGCAGAUCCAUCCAGAUGAUGCUUUUGGGCUGCAAAUGAUCAGAAAUUUAGAGAGUCGUGGCUGUGGUCUUCUGGGAAUACAUGCUACUCCAACGUUAUCAGCAAAAGAAAAUCUCUUUAUUGACCAGGGUUGGCAGAGGGCCACUGCAUGGGAUAUGCUCAGGGUGUAUAGCAGCUUUAUUGAAGCUCAAGAGAGGCGCAGGAUCGAGCGACUGGAAAUAUUUGAUGAAUUUGAAGAAUGGCACCUGAUGCAGGAGCACUAUUGUGUGGCUUAUGCAAUCAAUGACUUAAUGGGACUGUUCGGAGACUUUGGUUUUUCUAAAGAUAGAGACCAGCAGCCAUUGCAGUCACCAUGAAUUCAGAUGGUUCAUGGCUUGACCAGCCAAGGUGGUAACUUGUGCGCGAAAACGGCAUGCAGGUUCAAUGUGCCUGCAAGGCGCCCGCUGCUCACUUUCGCGAGGGAUAAAUAUUUUGACAAGGUUUUGUGAAUGUGGAUGCGUCUUCUCAGCUCAUUUCGUUUUGGUUUGACUUGAAAAGUAAAGACGACAGAUGCUUUUCUUCUCUCUCUGCCUCUGCUAGCUGUUUGGCAACAGCAAACGUGGGGGGUCCCAUAGACGUCCCAGAACUUUUUUUUGUCCCAAGUCCUAUGUGGGGUCUUUAGUAUAUUUUCGGAUCUAUUUUUGUGACGUUUCUUCACUUA